AUGAACCUCGUUCCCCGAGAGUUGGACAAACUCAUCAUCGCGCAAACCGGUCUCCUAGCUCAACAUCGCCUGGCGAGGGGUGUGAAAUUGAAUAAUACCGAAGCUACAGCAUUGUUGUCGCAUGUCCUUCAUGAGCUAAUCCGCGAUGGAACCCGCACAGUGGCUCAGCUCAUGUCUCUGGGAAAGCAUAUCCUAGGCCGCCGACAUGUGCUUCCUUCUGUGGUCUCUCAGUUUCAAGUAUUGCAGGUUGAGGGAACCUUUACCACUGGAACUCAUUUGGUGACGGUAGACCAACCUAUCAGUUCUGCAGAUGGCAAUAUAGAGCUUGCCCUCUACGGCAGUUUCAUUUCUCCUCCAUCCGAAUCCAUAUUCCCGGUAUACGAAGAUGCAGACUAUGAUCCGCACCUGGCGCCAGGUGCGAUUGUCCCGGCUGACGUGGGCACGAUUGAGCUCAAUCCGGGGCGGAAGAGGACUAGAGUGCGCGUUACCAAUAAAGGAGAUAGACCUAUCCAGGUCGGAUCGCAUUUCCACUUCAUCGAGACCAACCCUCAAUUGGAGUUUGAUCGCAUCAAGUCAUACGGUUACCACUUAGAUAUACCAUCGGGAACCUCCGCACGAUUCGAACCGGGCGAAACGAAGACGGUGACCCUGACUCAGAUCAGUGGUCUUCAGACCAUUAAGGGUGGAAGCAGUGUCGCAACGGGAACCAUUGACAUGUCGCAUGUGAACGCGGUCCUGCGACGUCUCGAGGAAGAAGGUUUCCGGCACGUACCCGAGGAUCCUCCAUCAGACCACAGCGUUAUCCGCCCGUACACAAUGGACAGAAUGUCAUAUGCUAUGAUGUAUGGACCAACGGUUGGGGAUAAAAUCCGUCUUGGUACCACAGAUUUGUGGGUGAGGGUGGAAAAGGACUACACCGCACAUGGCGACGAGUGCACCUUUGGCGGUGGCAAGACUCUUCGGGAUGGAAUUGGUCAAGCUGCAGGUCGAGCAGACGAUGAAUGCGCGGAUCUGAUUAUUGUCAACGCCCUGGUUAUCGACUGGACUGGUAUCUAUAAGGCUGAUAUUGGUGUGAAGAACGGUUCGAUCGUGGCUAUUGGAAAGGCCGGAAAUCCUGAUACUAUGGACGGUGUCAAUUCGAACCUGAUUGUUGGAUCGAACACGGAUAUUAUCGCUGCUGAAGGAAAGAUUGUUACGGCUGGUGGUAUUGAUACACACGUUCACUUCAUCUGUCCCCAGCAGGCCGAUGAGUCUUUAGCCGCAGGAAUAACUACCAUGUUUGGUGGCGGAACGGGAGCAAGCACGGCCACUGUCGCGGCAAACUGCACUCCGAGUAAAACGUAUAUCCGUCAAAUGAUGCAGGCCCUGGAUCAUCUACCCGUCAACUACGGUGUAAUUGGAAAAGGAAGUGACACUGGGAAGCCAGGCCUACAGGAUCAGUGUAACGCAGGUGCUGCUGGUUUGAAGCUGCAUGAAGACUGGGGUUGUACGCCAUCAGCCAUUGACACAUGCAUUAGCGUCUGCGAAGAAUACGACAUCCAAUGCCAAAUCCACACCGACUCCCUGAACGAAUCCGGUUUCGUCGAACGUACCGCAGCAGCUUUCAAGGGCCGUACCGUCCACGCCUAUCACAUCGAAGGCGCUGGAGGCGGCCACGCCCCAGAUAUGAUUACCCUCGUCCAACACACCAACAUCCUCCCUAGCUCCACGAACCCAACCAAGCCCUACACCUGCAACACAGUCGACGAACACCUCGAUAUGGUCAUGUCUUGCCACCACCUGUCCAAGAACAUCCCCGAAGACAUCGCCUUCGCAGACAGCCGUAUCCGCGCAGAAACUAUCGAAGCUGAAGACAUGCUCCACGACACAGGCGCCAUCAGUAUGAUGUCCUCUGAUUCCCAGGCAAUGGGUCGCUGCGGCGAGGUGAUCCUCCGCACCUGGAACACAGCGCAUAAGAAUAAGGAGCAGAGAGGCCCUCUCCCUGAGGAUGAGGAUACUGGUGCUGAUAACCACCGCAUUAAGCGGUAUGUCAGUAAAUACACGAUCAAUCCUGCGUUGGCGCAGGGUAUAGGUCAUAUGGUGGGGAGUGUGGAAGUGGGUAAGAUGGCGGAUUUGGCGAUCUGGGAGCCGUCGAACUUUGGAACGAAGCCGUUCUUGGUGCUGAAGAAGGGAUUCAUUGCUUCGGCGCAGAUGGGAGAUCCAAAUGCUUCGAUUUCCACUGUCCAACCUAUCAUCACCAGAAAGAUGUUCGCGCCCCUAAACCCAACUUCUAGCGUGCUCUUCGUCUCCAGGGCCAGCGUCGAAUCCGGCGUCAUCGACUCGUACGAUCUGAAAAAGCAAAUCGAGCCAGUCAAGAACUGCCGCACUGUCACGAAACAUGAUAUGAAGUUUAAUAAUGCGACGCCGCAUAUGGAGGUUGACCCGGAGUUAUUUACUGUCGUGGCAGAUGGAAAACAGUGCAAGGCUGGAGAAGUUACAAGUGUACCAUUGGGGCAGCAGUGUUUCCUUUUCUGA